GCUGCUAAGGUUAAACCGUUCUUCUGUCGGUUCUGGCUAAACUUAUUACCAGUAAAUAUCAUUUAAAAUUGAUAAAUAACUUCAUUAUGACAACGAAUGUUAUUAUUCGGUUAAGUAUCAUCUAAUUUGACUUGACGAUGUAGCUGUGAAAUUCAUGAAAUAGAUCAAGUAACGUUAAACCAGACGUUUUAAGACGAAUCAAUCGUUUGGUACUGCUAAAUGCUAACACAGUCAACAUGGCUACAGUGUUUCUGACAACUCACACGAGCAGAACUUUAAACAAACAUCUGCUGAAACUGAUCUGGACUAAUGGAUCGGUCAGAUAUGCAUCCGUGGGCAGGAUUGAGAAAGUCCUCAUUGCUAACAGAGGAGAGAUAGCUUGCCGGGUAAUGCGGACAGCUAAGAAGAUGGGUGUUCGCUCUGUUGCCGUGUACAGCGAUCCAGACAGACAUUCCAUGCAUGUGGCCAUGGCAGAUGAAGCGUAUUGUAUCGGACCUGCGGCGUCUCAGCAGAGCUACCUACGCAUGGACAGGAUCCUAGAUGUGGCCAAGAAAUCCUGUGCACAGGCGGUACAUCCCGGAUACGGUUUCCUCUCUGAAAAUACAGAGUUUGCUGAACUGUGCAAACAGGAAGGCAUUAUUUUCAUCGGUCCGCCUUCAUCUGCCAUUCGGGACAUGGGGAUCAAAAGCACAUCUAAACACAUUAUGUCAGCUGCUGGCGUGCCUAUCAUCGAGGGUUACCACGGAGAGGACCAAUCAGAUGAAAAGCUUCAAAAAGAGGCAGCAAGGAUCGGUUACCCCGUGAUGAUCAAAGCUGUUCGUGGUGGCGGUGGGAAAGGAAUGCGAAUUGCGCUCUCAGAAGAGACCUUUCAUGAGCAACUGGAGUCCGCAAGAAGAGAAGCCCGCAAGUCUUUCAAUGAUGAUGUCAUGCUGAUCGAGAAGUUUGUUGAAAACCCCAGACAUGUGGAGGUUCAGGUGUUUGGUGACCAGCAUGGGAACGUGGUGUAUCUGUUUGAGAGAGACUGUAGCGUUCAGAGACGACACCAGAAGAUCAUUGAGGAAGCUCCAGGGCCAGGCAUUAGUCCCGAGGUCAGACGGAGACUUGGGGAUGCAGCAGUGCUGGCGGCUAAAGCCGUCAACUAUGUCGGAGCAGGCACUGUCGAGUUCAUCAUGGACGCCCAGCACAAUUUCUACUUCAUGGAGAUGAACACCCGUCUUCAGGUGGAACACCCCGUUUCAGAGAUGAUCACAGGAACCGAUUUGGUGGAGUGGCAACUGCGGGUGGCAGCGGGGGAGAAGUUGCCCCUCUCUCAGGAAGAAAUCUUGUUGAGGGGUCACUCAUUUGAAGCCAGAAUUUAUGCUGAAGACCCCAAUAACAACUUCAUGCCAGGAGCAGGGCCGCUGCUCCACCUGUCCACCCCGCAGGGAGAUCAGUGCACACGGAUAGAGACGGGGGUUCGAGAAGGUGAUGAGGUGUCGGCCCACUAUGACCCCAUGAUAGCUAAGCUGGUGGUUUGGGGGGAAGAUCGCUCCGCUGCUCUGAAGAAACUCAGAUACUGCUUACGCCAGUACAACAUUGUGGGUCUAAACACCAACAUCGAGUUCCUGCUGAGUCUAUCAGGACAUCCAGAGUUUGAAGCAGGAAACGUUCACACCAGUUUCAUUGAUCAGCACUAUGAUGAGCUCUUCCCAGCAGCACAGAAGGCGUCCGGAGAGAUGCUGUGUCAGGCUGCCCUUGGUUUACUGCUCCGAGAAAAACAACACACUGACAGCUUCAGAAACCAAUCCAACGACACUUACUCUCCAUUCGCCUCCAGUAACGGGAGACGACUGAAUGUUCUGCACUGCAGGAACCUGACCCUGCAGCUAGGGGACAAUAAAGUGGCAAUAUAUGUUACAUACAAUUCAGAUGGGACAUACAGCAUGGAGAACGAAGGUCAGGUGUUUCACGUGUCAGGAGAGCUUCAGACGGAGGGUGAUGUGACUUACCUGUGGUGCUCUGUCAAUGGAGUGCUGUCCCGACCCAAACUGGUCAUUCUGGACAACACCAUACACAUCUUUUCUAUGGAGGGUAGUGCCCAGAUCAGCGUCCCUGUGCCCAAGUUCCUGGCCGGUGUCAGUGCCACCAGUGCACAGGGAGGCGCUGUUGCACCCAUGACAGGCACUAUUGAAAAGGUCCUUGUCAAGGUUGGAGACUCUGUCCAGAAAGGAGAUCCUUUAAUGGUGAUGAUUGCCAUGAAAAUGGAGCACACCAUCCGUGCGCCCAAAGCAGGCAUCAUUAAGAAGGUGUUCUUUAAGGAGGGCUCACAGGCAAACCGGCACGCGGCUUUAGUGGAGAUGGAGGAGAAGAAAGAUGAAGCGGUGUAACAAUACAAUACAUUUAGUGUGACGUCACAGGAAUGUUUAAAUGAUAGAGGUUUGAAACUGGGACUGUUGGCUCCACACAUCCCCAAGAAGCACUAAAAAUGAAUUUGGAAAAACCUUGUUUAACCUUUAGGAAUUUUCUGUUGUUCUGUGUAGAAUAAGAAAUCUGAAGUAAGCUAUAAACUUGUUUAUCUAACACAACAAUCUUUUCCGUUAUUUCAGUCAGUGAUUUAAUUUCUUUGGCUUUUUUGUACAAUGAUGUCAUUGUUUGGUGGAUGAUGUAUUUGGCCCAUUUUCUGUAUGGCUACUGUUUAAAACGCUCUGUAUGCUUGGUUUGUUUUCCGGGUCAGACACAGAGGACUGUAGACCGUCAAUCCAUCUCCCAUUCUUAAGCUUAUUCGGAUGGAUUUGCAUUUUAACAAAACCCACUCAGGUGGAAGAGAAAUGUUGUUGACUGAAGGUACAAGUACUUCUACCAAGUCAGAGAAUACAAUGGUGAUGUGUCUUAACCAGACAUGCUGUUCAGUGUACUGUAAAUAGUAAACAACAUUUGUGUUGUCAGUGUCA